ACACUGAGAGAGCUAAACUUUGUACUGUUUUCGAUUUUAAAGGCUGACCAACUCACAGAGGAACAAAUCGCAGAGUUUAAGGAGGCGUUCUCGCUAUUCGAUAAAGACGGCGAUGGUACUAUAACCACCAAAGAAUUAGGCACGGUCAUGCGGUCCCUCGGUCAAAAUCCCACAGAAGCCGAACUGCAGGACAUGAUUAAUGAAGUAGACGCAGAUGGUAACGGCACAAUCGACUUCCCGGAGUUCUUGACCAUGAUGGCGCGCAAAAUGAAGGACACGGAUAGCGAGGAAGAGAUUAGAGAGGCCUUCAGAGUGUUCGAUAAGGAUGGAAAUGGUUUCAUAUCCGCGGCGGAACUUAGACACGUCAUGACAAAUCUGGGCGAGAAACUCACUGAUGAGGAAGUAGAUGAAAUGAUACGGGAGGCCGAUAUCGACGGCGACGGCCAAGUUAAUUAUGAAGAAUUCGUCACAAUGAUGACAUCAAAGUGAAUGCAACCUGUGUAACGGAAGAACUCGCGACUCGGAGUGGUGUUGACGUAUUAAAUAAAUCAAGAAACAGAGAAAAAAAACAUAUGUAACAAAACGAGAAUCAACCAGAAAGUGACAAAUCUUGUAUCAGGAUGCGAAGAUGUCUAUAAAAGCGCGAAGAGUCAACGUCCGAUACCGCGUUAAAAUCAUCAUCGUUAACGAUAAGUAAUACAGGGCAAUUAAUUGUUUAAUUAAAGAGUUAUACCACUAAAAUCAUUAUCUCUCAAAACACUAAUAUUUACGCGUGUAUACAUACACACAUGACACUGACUCGUUACACAGAUACACGUUACGAACGCAACACGCUCCAAGAGUAUACACACAUACCCACAUACAUAUUCACUCGGAUGUCUUAUUUCCAUUGGAUAAAACAAAUUUGGAAAUGAGAUAACGCGAAGACACACAAUUGCGCGCGCAUGUGCACUAACGAUAAAGAAAAAAAAAGUGCAUUUUCCACUUUCCUCUCUUUCUCGACUGCCCCCCCUCCCAUUUCCCUCUCCUCUUGUCGCGUCCUUCGGCACCAUCUUGCUCCCCUCGCCACCCCUCAUCCUCCUUCGUUUCCCCAGAAGUUUUGUCAUGAGAAAGGCAUGUCGAAGAAUUGUAAUUUCUCUUUACAAAGGGAGAGGAAAUGUGUGUGUUAAGGGACAAAGUAUAAAUCCGAUGUAAGAUAAUAUUAAAAGCAGCAAAAGUUUAUUUGCCAAUCGAGAGUAAGAUUCAUCUCGAGAAUUCCUUCGUUCAUUUUUUUAAUAAACGAGAUACGUGUAUAGUGAAUGAUGACAUUAGGAUACGUAGCUGCUAAAUAGAUGAUGAUGUCUCUACCGUUAAAAUGCAUGCACAUGUACAAAUGUUUGUUUGUCUCUGUGAGAGAGAAUUCGGCCUGGACCGAUCGUUUUCCAGACAGAGAGAAAAGAGCGAGAGCGAGAGAGAGAAAGAGAGAGAGAGAGAGAGUAUAAAUACGAUGCGCUUCGGCCUCUGGGUUAUUGAUGACGACUUUACAUGCAAAAGCUGUGCUGGACCCCUCGAUGCCUCACAAACGAAUAACUUAAUUUAUAUAAGUAACGAGCGAGAAAAUUUAUAAAAAAAGUGAUGAAAGAGAAAGAGAGAGAGUGAGAGAGAGAGAGAGAGAGAGAGAGAGAGAGCGAGAUAAGGUGGAGGAAAGAAAGAAUCGGAGGAGCUUCGAGGAGCUCAGACCUAGUGCUUUCGCGCGCGUCGCGUCUUGCGGAACGGGAUGUGAUCUGUCGGGCGGAUGACAUCACGGGAACGCGAACGACGAGUCGCGGCGCGAUCGUUGGAAAGCUCCAGGAUCCGAAGUCUCGACAUUCCUAUUUGAAAAAAUAAAAAAAAAAUAAAGAAAAGUCUCUUCCUUACGCUUUCAACAUCAUCCAGCCUCUCGUGCUCGUGCACACGGGACUCACACGUACACGUAUGUUUUACGAACUAUACUUACGCGAGAAACUAUACACACGAAAGAUUAUACACACAGAGCAAAAAAAAAGAGAAACACUAUAAUACUAUAUUCACAAAGUGCGUUUUGCCUCCAGUUCCAUUUUAAUCUCCUAUUUGUAAAACUUGCCUUCCACUCUAAGGAAAGCCUUACAUACAUGCGCGCAAAAAAAAAAGAUACAAAAAUGUGGGGAAAAAAAAGAGAAACAACGUCGACACCACUUUUGUUGAUAAUGUAAAUCUAAUGGAGAAAUAAAAUAGGGAUGGGGGAUUAAAGGAAGUAAAGGCCACAGUGAGAUCGGUGCAUUACUUUUCUUCGCCCAGGGGUGCGUGCCAGUCUCGUAAAAACGGAGCCAACCAGAUCGGAGAAACUGGUGUGAUUUUUGUGCGAUCCGUACAAUAUAAUGUUACUUAAGAACUCGAGAGCAAAGAACAUAAAUGCCGUACAGCGUAAACAUCAUGCGUGUCGGUGGUUCAGUCAUAAUAUAUAUGUAAUAUAUAUAUAUAUAUAUAUAUAAAAUAAUUUACGAAGAAAUUAAGAAAAAAAAUAUGAAAGAGAUAAUUCCUCCACAGUCCUUUAUUAUUUAAUAUUGAAGUGAACAAAAUGAGAAGUACUUGUAUUUCUGGUGACCUAGAUCGCAUUGAUCAUUAAACAAAAAAGGAAAAAAAAAGAUAAAAAAAAGUAAAAAAGACAAAAUAAAUGUAUAUCCUCAUUUUUAGGUCACAGCUACUCGAUUCGUUUCCUUCAUUACUAAUGGACCUCUCGUUUCAGCAACCAUCUCUUUUUGUGUUCGAUGGCAUCUAGAUACUUUGCUAUGAGAAUAUUUCAUUGUGUAUCUAUGAACAGGAUCCACUUUACAUAUCUCUGACUUUUCUCGCUACCCUCGAAAACUUUUUGAGAAGAAUAGAUAUAGGUUACAAGAAAGUACGGUAUUAAUUGUAAUUAGGAAAUCUCGCUCCCCAUUAAACACCCGAAAAAAAAUAUAGGGGGAGAGAAAAAGAGAAGCACACAUUGGGUCUAUUUGUAAAACUGUGGUUAUUCUGUGUCCGAGGUAUAUUUCCACACUUACACUUUAUUAAGAAUGAAAAAGAUUGUCAACAACACACACUCGUUUUUGUAAAAGUGGUCGUUAGUAUUCGACAGGCAUCUGUAUCUAAAUGCUUCCAAAAUCCGCUUCGUUUCAUCGAACACUGAUACCUAGCGAUUAAGUCUCUUACGUUACAAAGACUCUAUUCCAGUAUUUAAUAUAAUAGUAAUUUUAUAUCCGUAUCGCAAAAUCUAUUUAUUGAAAGAAUUUUCGCGCGCCGAGGAUAGAGAUAGAGCGAGAGAGAGAGAGAGAGAGAGAAAGAAAGAGUGGCGCAUGGAAGCUCUUGUUGUGAACGUUAACAUCGAGGCAAUGCCAAAUCUUUACCGAAUAAUAUUGAAGCGUUAGCUCUUCUAAUAUUUAAUUUAGCGUCCCCUCGAUCUUUGUUAUUGAAAUACACGUUGUUGUUCUUAAAAAAAAAAAAAAAAACAUCGUUUAUACCGUAUUUGCGGAGGUACCAAGACACAUCCUGCUUCUAUCGAACGUUUGUAUUUAUUUCGAUGUGUACAUACGAACGUAAAAUUGAUCGACGAAGUGAGUUUUCAAUUCGAUUAUGCUAAUCGCAAUUUUAAAAAUGAGCAAGCUCGUUGCGCUAUAAACAAGGUGAGAACGUUGUACGUUGCAAAGUGAGGAGAUUCUUUUUCUAUCAGAUUAUUUCGAAUAUGUAGACUCUGUGCUCGUUUUUUUUUUUUUUUUUUUACUACUUUGAACGUAUUCAUUCAAUUUAACGCUCCUUGAUUUCUCAGACUUCUAAUUCGAAAAUUGUUUCUAGUGUAUGUAAGUAUAUUCUCUGCCGUAUCUCAAAGGCGUUCUUCACUUCUUGUCGUACAUAAAUAAAGCGGCACAGUUUGUAUAAAGUGUUGAUAUUAAGUUAAUAAAUUGUUCCUAUAUACUUAUAUGGGAGCAAACUGGUGUUUAUC